UUUAUUCGGUAGAUAUUUUAUUUUACUUCAAAAUCAACACUAUAAACAAAUGCGCUAUUUGGUUUAUAAAAAAGUAUAGGAGUAUUUUAUUUAAUUACAAUAAACUACAAAAUUAUUUUCUACAUAAAAUAAAUAAACUAUCAUAUCCCAACAAGUUGUAGGCUUGAACUAUUUGUAAGUUAUCGAUCAUGAAACUGCCGAAAUGACUAUGAGAUACAUUUAAACAUAAAUAAACAUGUCCGCUAAUGUCCAGUUAUGUUGGAGGAUGUAAAGAGAUCAAGGCCUUGUAAUAUGCAUCCCGCUCCGUUUUCCCGCCCAUCGGCAGUGAGGUCGCUCGUGGUUGUCACAAUUCUCGCGAUAUCCCGCAUCUGAAAUACUAGCAACACGUGUAAACACUAGUACUACAUUUUCCAACUCCUUACUAUCAUGUAUUGCAAUCAGUGUUUAAAAAACAACACAACAUGCAUCCGGAAUCUCGCUCGUACCAUCAAAACAUAGCCGAUAUCUAAAGCGCCCCGCACAAUGCCUUAAUUCUUGCAAUAAAAAGUCAGGUUUAUUCAGCUACAACAAAGCGUUUCUAAUUUAAGUUGUACAUUAACAUCGUUGCAAAGAGGCAAAAAAGGUGAACCUAGAAUGUGUUGCAACCUGAGCAAAAUUUAGUUGUUGGCGUCUGCGCUCAAGCAAGCGAAGCGGCUCCGAACAGGGCCUGGGUAAUUGAACUAAUAAAUCUAGCUGUGUUACUGCGCGCUCCCCGCUCCCGACUCGCUCAGGAUCAAGACGAAACCAUUAAACCUACGCUCAGAUUUCGCCUUGACUCGAGUUGCAUUUAGUCACACGAUACCAACGUGACGGUUCGCUCGGCUCUGCGUUUUAUUGAUGGAAUUUUACUUUCUUUCGAUAAUGCGUUUUUAACACGAUCAGCCAUAAACCGUGCUACCAAAUAAAUUAAAUAAAGAUUACUGUUGGUCGUAAAGCCAGAAUUUGAAAUAGCACCUUAUCAAUUGAAUGCUAUUAUGGUGUAAGGUAGUUCUCCUUCUUGAUGCUACAUGUUGCGCGGUUCAAUUGUUUUCAUGAGCUGGAGGUUGCGCGGACAGUGGACAACUAUUGUUCUUGUUUUUGUACUAAAGCUGAAUAUUGCUUCAACUACACAGAUACCACACGAUAAUGUAAUGAGAUUCUCUGGUGAUUUCGAAGGCUUCCUAAAAGAUUUGGGGUCAUUGGUUUAUAAAAAGAAAGGAGUAAGUGGAAAUGAUUUACACUCCCACUAUGAUCGAUACACAACUCCCCCGCAAAAACAUUUUCGGAGACAAAACAUUUACAACACGCAAAAGGCGGCGCUUGGAGAUGUUCUCAUGAUGAAACUGGUCUCGUACUAUGAGGAUAAAUAUAAACUGACCCACGCUGAGCCUACCACAACCGAGAGCAUAACAUUCAUGUCCGAUAUUGUCACGCAAGUUGGUAAUAAGUAUAACGUGGACAUGGCUGACCAGAGACCACUUCAUCAAUCGCACGAGAACAACCACCUGAUUGACCAAGCAAGGCAAGAACCUCAACCCCGAAUGGACAGGAAUAGGAGGAUGGAAAGGAACAACCCAAGGACUUACGAAGAACCUAUACCCGAAGUUGUUAUUUUAUAAUGUUUCGAUAACAAAACCGCAAAUGCAUCGUUCACAAAACCGCAAACCUACAACCAACUGAAAAUACAAAGCAAGGAGGAACAUUCUCGUAUUUCAACUUCGAAAAUCGGCUUAACGUACUUUUAUUUAAAUAUAUUGUUACAAAAUAAA